ACGGGAGCUAAAGGGGAGGGAGCCUGUGGCGAUGGAGUCUUGUCUGGACAGUGUAGUUUCUUAAAGAAUGGUCUCGAGGUAGCUAUUUGGCAAGUGUACGGAACCUUCAGACCGCGCUCGCCCAUUGGAAGGCUUUUGCACCCGAGUUCUGUGCAUUUUUCAGCCAAAAUGAAGUUCAAUCCCUUUGUGACUUCUGACCGAAGCAAGAACCGGAAAAGACAUUUCAAUGCGCCUUCCCACAUUCGCAGGAAGAUUAUGUCUUCCCCUCUUUCGAAAGAGCUGAGACAGAAGUACAACGUCCGAUCCAUGCCCAUCCGAAAGGAUGAUGAAGUUCAGGUUGUACGAGGGCACUACAAAGGGCAGCAAAUUGGCAAAGUAGUCCAGGUUUACAGGAAAAAAUAUGUCAUCUACAUUGAACGAGUGCAGCGGGAGAAGGCUAAUGGCACGACUGUCCAUGUGGGCAUUCACCCCAGCAAGGUAGUCAUCACCAGGCUAAAACUGGACAAAGACCGCAAAAAGAUCCUCGAACGUAAAGCCAAAUCUCGCCAAGUAGGAAAGGAGAAGGGCAAAUAUAAGGAAGAAACAAUUGAGAAGAUGCAGGAAUAAAGUAAUCGUGUAUACAACUUUCAUUAAAAACUGUUAAAAUGAA